UGUAGUGGUGGCUGUGUAGUUUGCGAACCGGUAUUCUUAUUAGGAAAUGAAUUAUUUUUCUCAAUACACACAGGAUUAUUGGACGUUUUAUGACAUAAUUUGUUUGUGAUAUUGUUUUCAGUGUUCAUUUUCCUUAGAAUAGAUAGUGUUUCGCGGGUGCAAGUGUGUUUCUUUUGCGUAGAGGUUUGAGUUCAUUUUGUGGUUGUGCAAGGAUUUUGUUCUCGACUUCGACUCGCGGCGUUCGGCGUUGCAGGAUAUUUGAGAGCGGCGUGAGCGUGACACCGCGGGUUCCUGCCAUUGUUACGAUGUCCUCAGUGAGGGCGUGACUGGCUGCCAUGUUGUCGUAGACGAGCACUUCUUGCUUCUUCUGGUGUGACACUGCCACCAUGGGCGGCUCGGGCGUCUCCGACGAGUACACCCCCCCGCGGCUCUCGCGGCUGCUCCACGCCCUCCCCCACAUCAACGUCACGCUACACCGCGUCAAUGACACCUUCGCGCCAGACUCGCCCGUCUACCUCGAGAGUCUGGGUAUCCUCGGCUCCAUCCCCGGAGCCUGGCUGAUCCUCACCCUGACGAUACUGCUCAUCUACCUGCUGACAAGAUGCUGCGACAGGAAGCAGCGUCCUCCCAGGAGCAUCACCGCUCUAAAGAUAACCCUGAUGAUCCUAUCUGUACUCUGCUGCAUGGCGAUAGGCGUGGGUCUGUUCGGAAACGAUGACCUUCACAAUGCCAUGCUGCAGAGCAUCCAGGCUGGCAACCAGCUCGCGGCGCUGGUGAACACCGUGAAAAACCAGUCCAGUAUCCUGGAGGAAGCGAUGGGAUCCCGCGCCCGUGCGCCGCUCGCGCGCCUCGCCGACGCGUUGGACGCGCCCGUUUCCAACCAAACAGCGUUGGGAACAUUACUGCGAGCGCUGUCCACUCUGAGGAACAACGCCUCUGCAGCUGCGUCGGCGGCUGAUAAUCUGAGGAGGCCACUGGCGCAGUUAAAUUUGGACGCUUUCAUGAAGCGAGCAUGGGUGUGGGAGGCCGCUCGCUGGGCCGGCGGCAUGGCGGGCUGGUGUUGCGGAGGUGUAGUCUGCGUUGCUCUGCUGGCGGCCGCUGCUCGACGCUCGCGGCGCGCUCUCUUGCUGCUCUGCGUGGGAGCCCUUGGUGCCCUAGUGGCAUGCUGGCUGGCCGGCGCGCUGCUGACGGCCGGCGCCGUGGCCGCGGCCGACGCCUGCCAGGACCCGGCCUCGGCGCUGGCGAACUACGCGCCCCACAGGCUGCCGCUGGACAUGGUGCACUACUACUUGUCGUGCAAAGUGUCUCGCGAAAACAUCUUGACAGCCGAGCUGCGUAACGCCCAACGCGCCGUGGUGGCUGUCCGCCAGGCAUUGGCUAUUCUGUCGCGCGGCGCGCCGCAACUUUUUAACGAUCCUGCGCUCCAACCAGCAUUAGGAGCUCUCGGCGCAGGAACAGGCGAAGCGGAGCGCGCUCUAGUGUCGCUGAGUGGCGCGCUGGAGUGCCGGAUGGCGCGCGCGUACUUCGUGGCCGGCGCACGCGCCGCCUGCGACGCGGGGCUACAGGCGUUAUCUCUCCAGCUGGUGGCGGCCAUUGCAGCUGGAUUCCUAUUCACCGCCAUCGUUCUUGUCGACUCGCAUGCCUGGAUCUACAUUAACACUAAACAAGCGGGUACUGGCGAAGAACAGGCGCCGUUCCUCUCAAGUGGUGGAAGCAGCGCCUGCAGUCGCACGCUGCCGCGCCCCGCGCCCUUCCCCAACGGAAAGCCACCCAGCUACAGCGCCGCGGUACAACUGUGUGACUUGGAUCAGCGACCCAGCAGAUCGCGUAUGUCCGGCAGCGCGACGCUCGGUCGCGGCGCGAGCAGCUCUAUGGGCGCGGAGUCGCUCGGCGGGUCGCACACGCUCGGCCGCGCGCCGCACAACGGCAAAUACGCAACGCUCAGCAAGCAGUGCAAGACGCUCGAGAGCAACGACUUCUACUGAGAUAGGCCCGGCGGCGCGCUCAACACCGAACUUAACAAGGGUCAGGCCAGCCGCACCGCCCUGAACCGCUUCGACCCUAAGUACGCCUCGUUCGGGCCGCGCGCGCCGCGCCUGCGCCCCGCCGCGCCCCAGCCGCCGCUCGCCACCUUCACCCCGCACCCCCGCCUCCACCCGCACCCGCCCCCGCCCCGCCCGCAGCUACCCAGGGAACUCCCCCGCGAGCCCAGAGACCAACGCGACCAGAGAGACCCUCGCGAGCAGAGAGACCCUCGCGAGCAGAGAGAUCCUCGCGAGCAGAGAGACCCUCGCGAGCAGAGAGAC